CGACAAGUUCUCGCGCCACCUGGUGGUCCGGCUGCCGGGGCGGGCGCUGGCGGGGAACGGCGUGGCGGGGGCACUGGUGGCAAAGAUGGGACCUGCACUCCAGGAGGCGGGACUGGUGCUGCUCAAGGCCGGCGAGCCCCCCGGCGGCGCCACCGCCCCCCUGGUCGACCCCGCCGUCUACUCCCGCACCCGGCACUUCCGCAUGCUGUGGUGCUGCAAGGGCGGCAAGAGCGCCUCCCUGCAGCCCAGCGCCCGCUUCGCACUGGCACACCAGCAGCAGGCGCAGCAACAGCAGCAGCAGGCGCAGCAGCAGCAGGCUCCCCCCCUGCCCUCCCUGCCGCUGCCGCUGCAGCAGCUGUUCCUGUCCUCCCUCAUCUGCAACGUGCACCCCGCCGCGGAACUGCUCACCCUGCCGCCGGGCUUCAUGCAGGGGGUGCAGAGCCUACGCAGCGUGCCGGGCUCCUUCUGCCUGCCUGACGGUGCUGCCGCCGGUUCCGCUGGUUCCGCUGCCACCAGUGACGCGGCGGUGCUGCUAGCUGGCAGCCUGGUGCACCCGGAC